UCAUCAUUAUCGAUCAUCGAUCAUCACACUCUCAAACAAAAAAGAUGGACAUGGAGAGUAAUACUAAAAAUCACGAGCAACUGAAAGGAGGAGAAAACAUAACCGUUGAUUGGAGAGGUCGAUCUUCUCACCCUCUCAAUCAUGGCGGAACAAGAGCUUCAAUCUUUGUUCUCGGGCUUCAAACAUUUGAGAUAAUGGGGAUAGCUGCGGUUGGGAACAAUUUGAUAACAUAUGUGAUAAAUGAGAUGCAUUUCUCAUUGUCGAAAUCGGCAAAUGUUGUCACAAAUUUUAUUGGCACCAUCUUCAUUCUUGCUUUACUUGGUGGUUAUCUUUCUGAUUCUUAUCUUGGAUGCUUUUGGACCAUGCUUAUCUUUGGCUUUCUCGAGCUCUCCGGUUUCAUUUUAUUAUCAGUCCAAGCUCAUCUCCCUCAAUUGAAGCCAGCAAAAUGCAACAUGUUAACAAAUGGAGAUCUUUGUGAAGAAGCAAAAGGCUUGAAAGCCUUAAUAUUCUUUGUGGCACUCUAUUUAGUAGCACUUGGAAGUGGAUGUGUUAAACCUAAUAUGGUUGCUCAUGGUGCUGACCAAUUCAAUAAAGACGACCCCAAACAAUCCAAAAAGCUCUCUUCCUACUUCAAUGCCGCAUAUUUCGCCUUCUCAAUCGGAGAACUCAUAGCCCUAACCGUCCUUGUUUGGGUCCAAACCCAUUCCGGUAUGGAUGUAGGUUUUGGGGUUUCGGCUGCAGCCAUGGCUAUGGGUUUGAUUAGUUUGGUUUGUGGGACUCUUCUUUAUAGAAACAAGCCUCCUCGAGGAAGCAUUUUAACACCAAUUGCUCAAGUUUUUGUGGCCGCUUUUCGAAAGAGAAAGCAAAUGUGCCCAACUAAUCCACAAAUGCUUCAUGAAAGUCAAACCAAAAUGCCAAGUUGCCACUAUACUGAAAGAUUCAGGUUCUUGGACAAGGCUUGUAUAAGAAAUCAAGAAGAAAACGGUUGGAGUUUAUGCACGGUGAAUCAAGUCGAACAAGUGAAGAUUCUUAUAUCGGUCAUUCCAAUAUUUUCGUGUACGAUAAUUUUCAAUACAAUCUUGGCACAACUCCAAACAUUCUCGGUUCAACAAGGAAGUUCGAUGAACACGCAACUCACCAAGUCCUUUCACAUACCCCCGGCUUCGCUCCAAUCCAUCCCUUAUAUGAUGCUCAUCUUCUUGGUUCCUCUUUACGAUACUUUUGUUGUUCCUUUCGCUAGAAAGUUCACCGGCCAAGACUCGGGUAUCAGUCCCUUGCUCAGGAUCGGUUUAGGUUUGUUCGUCGCGACCUUUUCCAUGGUCUCCGCGGCUCUAAUGGAGAACAAGAGAAGGAAUGAGGCUUUGAAUAACGGAAACAUAAUAUCCAUAUUUUGGAUCACACCUCAAUUCUUGAUUUUUGGGAUAUCCGAGAUGUUUACCGCGGUUGGACUCAUUGAAUUCUUCUACAAACAAAACCUAAAAGGAAUGCAAUCUUUUCUAACGGCCUUGACUUAUUGUUCGUAUGCUUUUGGCUUCUUUUUAAGCUCUGUCUUGGUUUCUCUUGUGAACAAGAUUACCUCUAGCUCGACCGGUGGAGGUUGGUUGAGCGAUAAUGAUCUCAACAAGGACCGGUUGGAUUUGUUCUAUUGGUUGCUAGCGGUUCUAAGUUUUCUUAACUUCUUCAACUACCUUUUUUGGGCAAGAUGGUAUUCGCGAAAUCUUUGUGGAACGUCAGAUGCAUCGUCCUCGUCUGAUUUUGGUUCGGAGGGUAUGGUAAACAAUAACCAUUUCAACCCAUCAAAAUAUGAUGGAGAUGUUAAUGAUUCUACACCAUGAAGUUAAUUGACCUUAAAUAUAAUAUAUUACAAUACAAAAUACAGAUGUUAUGUUAGAUUUGUAAGUGUUUGUAGUUAAGAAGAAAAGAAAAGAAAAAUGAGAUGAAGAAUGACUAAAAGGGCUCCUUGUGAGUUUGUAAUAUCUUUGAAAAGAAAUGCAAUUUCAAAUCCUUCAUUCAUUUCAU